ACACUGUAUCUUCUAUACUGAGUAUGUGUUGGGCCCAGUUCUGAGAAGAACCUGCACCCCAUGGAGGAGCUGGAGACUGGAGAGGUGUCUGGUGCAGACAGUCUUGCCCUGGCACCUGCAACCAUGCCAGCAGCUGGCUUGUUACUGGGACGUCACUGUCACCAUAGAGACAGCAGUGAGGAUUUGGUUUCAAAAGGUGAAGAGAAGCUGGGAAUUAGAAAGGAGGAACUGCUUUUAACUGCAGAUCUGAGAAAGGACAGGCUGGCAUGGAGAAAGAGAAGUUCCAGCAGAAGGCUCUGAAGCAAACUAAGCAGAAGAAAUCCAAGUCGGCUGAAUUUCUGAUGGUAAAAGAAGAGAGAGCAGCAACAGAAGGCAUUGAAAAUCCAGCUUUUAACAUCAGCAGCACAGAUCUUUCAGCAUAUCAGACUUCAGAGGAGGAAGUUAUUAGACAUGACAAGCUGCAUAGCACCCUUGCAGCUCACCAACAAAAACUCAGGCUGCAAGCCCAUGCUGAACCAAGAGGAAAUGAGUACAGCAGAAAUUACUUUGACCUGCUGAUGGAUGAGGAAAUAAACCCAAGGCAGUGUGGGAUGGAGGUCAGUGAAGAAGAUCCUAUGGAAUUUGAGGAGCAAAUCCUGUAUGAUAAAAUGAUGAAGCUUCUAGAUGAGGCAAGCGAGAUAAUGGACUCCCAAGCCUUCGUCACCAGUGAAGAUUUCUCAGACUCCGUGAUGCCUGUCAGCUUCAGUAAGACACGUGACCUUCACAGGGAGCUUGAAGAUGAAGUGAUUCCUUCAUAUAUCGAACAGUUUGAGAGAGAUGUUCAGGAUGACAUAAUUAUGUUUGGCAGCUUUUCACUGGAACAGGACUCAAAGGAAGCCUCCCAUCACAACAAAAAAAAAUUGCAAGCCAGGAUUCAUAGGCUCUUUCAAAGAGAGGGAAGCCAGUCAUUGGCAGCAGAGGUGAAUGGAUGUGGAGAAGUUCCAAGCAGCUCUGGUAACCUUGCAGGCAUGAGUACUGGAUUAAAAGGAGCAGCCGAACUUUGUGCAAAGGUUGACUGCUCCAAGACACCGCAGCCGAUAGAAGUUCACAUCAAGUGCCUGAGGGGAGUCAAAGAUAAAGUCCCCAAAGGCCAUUAUACCCUGAAACUUUCUGUUCUCAGCUGCCUUGGUGGUGGCUUGCUGCAGUGGCCCAAACAGAAGGAGGAGCCUUGGGCCAGAACUACUUUACCUGUUAGUCAUGAUGGAAACUUCUACAAUGCUGAAAUGUACUUCGGACAAAGUAUCCAGGCGGUUCUACCACCUAGAAAGGCUGUGAAACCAGGCAUGGUGAUACUAUUUGAACUCUUUCUUCUUCGUGGGGCCUGUACAUGGAUUGACCGAGAAGUGGGAUGGGGAGUUUUUCCCUUAUGUGACAACAAUUUUAAUAUUUUGGAGGGAAAGUUUAAAUGUCCUUUCCUCAGAGGCCAUUACAGUAAUAAAGUUGACCGAUUCAAAAAAAUAGAAAAUUUAAUUUCUCAAGAUUUGGACCACUGGUUGUGCAAUCUCUACUUUCAGGUAAUUAAACUGCCACCAGAUUCAGAUAAGCAAAAUGAGAGUGAUAUGCAUCUUCAUCUCCCACCAGAAUUUCUCACAUAUUCAAGCACUGCUGAAAAGAAUGGUGCUUCAGAGAAGGUUAAACAUCCUGGACCACAAGGGCAACCUCUGACCUCCACGAAAGAUCCUGACACCCAUAAGGGAAGUAUUCCCACUGUUGUAAAGGAAGUGGAAAAGCAGUUUAAUGCUGCAAAAGGAGGAGAAGCGUGUGUGUCAGAAGAAGCUGGGAGGAAAAGAGAAGAGCUUAAAAUGCUUCCAGCAGAAAAUGAUUUUUACCAGGAUUGCUUUGGCUAUACAGAUCAGCACUGUGGCUUAUAUCAUCUGAAGGAUGACCAAGGAGUGCACCACAAGCUCAACUGGAAUAACCCACCUGAAGAAUGCUAUCAAGAAAAAUCAAGUGCUGUGAACCACACAAACCUAGAAGAAAGUAAAGCAUCUUCAGAGGGCAAUUUUUACUUGGAGGAGUUAGAGAAAUACACUUUUUCUGUGUGCCGCUGUUCUGCUGUCAAGGUGAAAUUAUUCAGAAGGAUUGCUGAGCAUUUCCAUUUUGGGGUAUAUGCGACCUUCUCAGAACUGGGAGCUGCACACUGGCAUUCCUGGGACUUCUGGCUGCUUGUACUGCUGAUCUUGUUACUUUGGUUCUUGAGACUUUACUUGCAUUACUGUAGCCAGUGGCUCUUCCUCCAGAGCAUCUCAGUUCCUGUUACAAAAUUCAAGUUUUUCCCUCACACUGUUGAACUGUGCUACCAGAACUCCUUGCUGCAGACCAGUGAAGAGUUGGUCAUGGUCGUGGUGGGACCCCUAACCUUGAAUGCUGGGUUGCUGCUUAUGGUCUUGAUCAGAUGGGUCUGUCAGCAGCGAUUUGACUCAUUCCCUUUCUUCUUGUCAAAGUUUAUCAUAGCUCUGGGACUCUGGACAGUGCUGGACCCGUUGGCAGUGUUUAUAGUGGAUUCAUUCCUGGGGCGACUUGCAUACAGUGUAGAGAAACCCAUUGCUGAUGCUGCAAAGCUCUACUGGGUGUUUCUAAGAUCAGAGGAAUCAGGGGUUCCUGGUGUACUAAUCACUGUGAUGCUUUACACAGUCCUGUUCAUCAUCUCAUCAACAGUGUUGUACCUUUACUUUCUAAGGCUGCAUAGCGAGGGGUGGCUGUUGGAUGUAUUUCAACGCAUUCAUGGUGAAGAAGGUGCAUUCUUUGUUCCGUUGGACUUUGAGAUUUCCAUUCAGGAGCUGAGCUACAUUAUGAAAAGAGCUGAGCAGUGGAGAGGAAUCAAUGGUGAAAGACGGAUGGUGGCAGUGUAUGAUUACAUCUGGAAGGACCAUGGCAGCCACUCUGGUGUCUCCAGCUGUGACCUCCAGCCCCAGGAUGCGAUCUGCGACUCAAGAGGUACCACCGUUCACGUGUCAGUGAUCACUGUGCACCUCAGCGGCUUCCAGCAGCUCUACAGACACUUCCUCCGGCUGCCUGAUGGGGCUAUCAUUGAGGCAUUUGGUGAUAUUCCUGGAGUAAGUCUUCUGGGUAAUGAAGUGAGCACAGCCCAGGAGCAUGUAAGCAAAUUGGACAGUGUGCUGCAUACAUCUUCACACAUCGAGCUGAGGGAGAGGAAAAAGAGUACAGCUAAAGGAAAUCCUGUUACUUCUGACAAGAGAAAAUUCCUGGAAGACUGUGUAGACCACUGAAUUGUUUACAACAUCAUUUACAUCCAUGGUACAAUUACUCUCUGACAGGAUUUACAGUUCUGAUGUCCAUACCUCUCUGCAUAGAGCAUUAUCCUGCAAAUGCAUGGUUCGUUGCCCUUCUAUGGCUUCAACAAACGUUUUAGUGUGAGGAGCUCACUGAAGCAUAUCACGGAUCUGAUAUAUAAUUAUUACAUGUGAGUUUUUUCCUUCCAAACAGUGGGAUUUAUCAGGUUCUUUGUACCUGCCUGCCCUUCUAGAUUUGGGGAAAAUAUUGCUGAUUUGUCAUUCAUUUCAUGAAUCAAAUGGCCAGUGUUUUCAGUAAUCAUUCAAAGCACAACAAGUAAUUGAAAGGAUGCAGAGAUACCCAGAAGAGGAACAAUGAUGGCUUCAUGCCAUGAAAACCCACCAGUUCAGAAGCCAAGUCCCAACAGGCUGCAAAAUGUACAUGAUCCCAAAGAUCAGCUUGCUAGGGUCUUAAUGUUGGACAAACCUCCUCCUCUGGGAGCUACAGCAUCUGAAAACAACCUGGAGAUUAUCCUUAUGCUUUCUUAUUUGUACUAAAGUGUUGCUCAUUAGUUUGAACCGGUUAGUGCCUAGUCUAUUUGGCUUCAUACAAAUGUAUAAGAAAUGAAGUCCGUGCCCCAAAGGCAAGAUCCGUAAGACAGCAGGAGGAGAAGGUGGGAAGGCAAACAGAAGUAAGGAAAGUGAAAUGCUUCUUCCAAGGUCAUGAAUGUCAGCAGCAAAUGCAGAAAUAGAGGGCAGGCUGCCAGUGCCCUGACUCUUGGUCUUCUCUGUGCUACAAUCUUGUUGGUUUUUUUUUUCUUGGAAAUGCAGACAAAAAAGGGAAGAGUCUCAUCUCCCUGCAGUUUUGAUUCAUUCGCAUACAACACUUAUUCAAUUAACAGAAUAUCAGUGACAAAUAUGCUUUUCUGAUGUGCCUUUUUCAGGCUGGUAAGUUAUAACUUUUUACAGAUGCAAUUGCCUCUAUAAGAUCUUUCCUGAUGCCUUGAACACUGUUGAUUAAUUUUGAUAUGGAAACCUAUGAUUUAUCUCCUCCCAGAUUAUCAUUAAAUUACACUACACUGCAACCCGUAAAUUUAAAUGUCAAUCCUGAAAGCAGUUUGUUUCUGGUUUUUUUUUUUUCCUUCUUCUAAUUGAUUUGUGUGCAUAAUUGUGUGUUUGUACAUGUAACAUCAGGACAUGAAUGGUGUUAAAAAUCUGCCGAAGCAGUGAUGUAAUUUUGGUGAUUUCUUUUGCAUCAGAUAUCACUUGGAUAGCUAUUCUCUGUCAUUGCAGGAAUAAAAUUGUCUUCUUAAUUUUUGCUUUGCCUUUUGACAUCUUGAACUGUCAUAUAUAAUUUAGAAAAAGAAGCUAACUGAAGAGAAGCUGUCUAAUCCCAGAAUUUUUCUGUGGAAUCUUUCUACCAGAGUGGAGUUAGACUAUUCACCAAUUGCCUCAGCAUCUGAUGAGUGACACAAUCUGGCAGAGGUCACUAGGAUUGCUUGUGUACAUGGCUGUUCUGUGCUAUGAGCUGACCUCCUUCUUUAUGACCUCCUGCUGCUUAUGCAAAGUGGUACCAGGAUAAACUACUGUAGGCAGCACUGUACUUUGCCCAUUUUCUUGGCCUCAGUUUUGUAUUUGAAUGUGACUGACUGUAAUAAUAAAAAUCUCUUUGGGCAGUAGUAUAUACUAAGUUGCCUACGCUGAAUGAAGAUAUUCCAGUUUGGAUUUGUAAGAUUUUUAUUUCAUUACAGGUAUUAUGCCAGUAUAUCUAGACAGUAGGAGUCAAAUGGCUGGGGCCAGGCUCUUCUUGUUGGUUCCCAAUGACAGAAGAAGGGGCACUGGGCACAAAAAGGAAGAAUUUCCACAAGAACAUGAGAAAUAUUUUCGUUACUGCUAGGGUGAAAGAGCACUGGAUCAGACUCUGCAGCUACAACCUCAUGUAGGGAACCUGCAUUAGCUGGGGGUUGGACUGCAUGGUCUCUCUUUCAGGGCCUACAGUUUUGUAAUUGUUGACUCUGGUUUAGUCUGGUAGUAGGACUGACUCUACCUGUGGAGGCAGCUUAUGAUAUCUUCAGUUCCAAUAGUACUGUUUAUUUUUUUAACAAAUGUGGAUCUGGACCCAAGUUUGUAUUCAGCCCAAAGAACCUGGUCCACUGUUUUUAUCACCUCAGCUACGUUUCCACUGAAUUUCAUCUGAUCUGGAAUGUAUAAUUUUGCAACAGUACCUAUUCUUGAAAUAUAAAUUUAAAGUAGGCUUAAAUAUUAUGUAGCAUUUUACCUAUUAAUUCUGAUUACUCACGUUCAGUGUGUUCCCAUGGUUGUUGGUCAGUGUAUAUUUGGUUAUAUUUGGCUUUGAAAUUGUUUUCUAAAGUGCUCCUACCAGCAGCAUCAUUCAUAAUGCUCAUUUAUAGUUGGAUAGUAAUUACCUGCCUAUGCAGUGUUCCUUUACAACAAUUUUCUCCCGUGUAGCUAUAUAUAUGUAGUCAUUACUGAAAAGUGUAAAUAAAGAAUCCUUUUAGUGGUGUAGUUUCCCUAGGUACCUACUGUGCUCUUAUUAUCUAAAACAUACUCCCCAUCUGUAGUUCUGUUCUAUUAAAGGAUAAAGACAUAAGUAUGAAUUAAAAAUUAAAAUGCUUGUUGUAGAUUGGAGAGCAAGGUCUAUUAGAAUAUAUCUGGCACUACGCUCAUAGUGCAAUAGAUAGAUUACACUAAGCACCAGUUAAGCAAGAGGAUGAAAAAUGAGUGAUUUUCAUCAUUCAGUUAAAUAUAGUGCUAAGUGGUAUGUGCUAGCAUUAAAAGCAAAUUACUUAGCACUUCACCAAUCACAGCAUGAGAGCAUUCCAUUGGAAGCAGUAUUUCCAGUGAUGCUCAGUCCUCAGUUUUAUUAAAUAAAUCAGCUGUUAAUGCUUAAGGAAGCAGUUGAAGAUGUAUUGCUAUGAUAAUGAAAAGAUUGGAAAUGUAAAAAUAAAGAGAAACAGUACCUCAUUUUAAUUAAACGCCCUAUGGAAACCUGCCUCUCUUUUAACAACAAAAGCCCAAAGUGCUUGUAGAUAGGUAAUAUGUAAUAUUUACAACUCCUCUACCUUGUUCAGGUCUGUCUUUCUUACUAAUGAAUAUGGCCUUUCUUUUUUUUUCUUUUUUCCUUCUUUUUUUCUCUAUAAUGACAUCUUUUUUUUCUCAUAAAUCUGCCACCAUGUCACUGAACACUUUGAUGAGCUUUUCUGAUCCCCUCUUAUAUCUCCUUGAUAGGAUAUUAUUAACCAAGAAUCUAGAGAUGAGGAGCCAGAUCUUCAGCACAGGUACUUUAUGGCCACUCAGUUAAAGAAAGGCGACAGAGAUCUGAGAAUUACUUCAUCAGAGGUGCUGGCAUGGAGGGCAACCUUUAUAUCAUACAGCAUUAUUAUUUCCUCUACAGCUAUGGGCAUUAGGACAUACUUGGUAGCUUUGGGGAAUUGGCUCUUGCAAAGCAUCUGCUGCCAGAAUGUGUAGAAGCUGUGAACAAUCACAAACACUUCUAAGCUUCAGACCAUCCCUAAUCCCUAAACUGCUUCCAAUCUGAUGGACAUACCUGGUAGGAGACACACAGCAAAGGUUCUGGGGACAACACAAACAGGAGUUGAGCCAGGGUCUGACUCACAGCUCUUCAAAAGUCAUUUCUAAAAGGACAGUUUGCUCAAGAGAAGAAGGAUAAUGAAGGAUAUGGGACAAUCAGCUUAAACUAUUUUUUCUUUACUUUCUUACUGUUUGGAGAAUGAGCCAUAGCCAAGAGAUAAGCUAGAUACAGUUUACCUGUUUUUAAUACAAAAGUUAGCUGGAGACGUGUUGAGUUUUAUUCAGGCCCUACGUUUCUGGAGUUGUAAGGUCUAGUCAAAAGUAUCUUUUCCAUUUGUGCAUAACAUUAAAAUCAGUGAAGCCCCAUAGAGCAGAUUUUUUUCCACUAGCAGUGUAGGAGAACCUGGAAGAAAUAUUUUGCAUGUUUCAAAAUGUUUCCGUGUGAAUAAAGAUCAAUAUUUUACAACAUAUGUUCUAAAGUAAGGCACUUACAGAAUACUUCCUUCUAUUGGUCUAGCAGAUUUUCAUAGUCAUUCAUCUGUUUUCUUUUACUUAAAUACGCACUCUGAAUUUUGUCUUCCUUGUUUUACAAGAUAUUUAUUCAAAGUGCCUUUUAAUGCUCAGACCUUAAAACAACAUAAAUUCUUCUUGGUACCAAUAUAACGUUUCCUUCUAAAAAUAUUUAAGUAUAUAAUAUUUAACCUAGGUUUCAAAAUACAGAAUUCCUCUUUUCAUUUUCUUGGCUAACAUGUACAAGUACUGAUGCAUCUUUUCUAGGUAUGCCAGUCCUGUCAUAUACCCUAAUAUGAACUAAUGACACCAGGUUGACUUAACUGAACAUAAUAGGACAUAUUUCUAUGACAUUCUUUACAGUAGAUACAUGCGAGGAUCUUGCUACUUGUUAACGAAAUUGGUGAAGUUCCUCAUCUGUACUGAGACACACAUUUAUAAUAGCUCUGUACUCCAAAAGUGCAGAGACCUUCUGCUAUAAAAUAAUACAAGUAAAAAUAAUAAUAAUUAAAAAAAAAAAAAAGCCCUCUAAACAGCAUUAUUUCAUAUUCAUUUUGGAAUUCUGCCAUGCAAUGAAGGAAAUAAUAACACUGAAUUUGGAGCAAUAAACAGUUAUCUUUGGAUCUAAAAACAGUGUGUGAAUGUAUGUGCUUGUGUAUAGAAUGAAAGCAGGACAGAUUUCAGUGGCAAUGCUUUGUAUAUUCCACACGUUAUCUUUAGUUGGUCUGUUGUCUAUGCUACAUAUUUUCUUCCCAUUAUUAUUAUUUUUUUCAUUAAAAGCCAGCAUUUGAAAGCUUUUGUGUUUUUCCAGAAAUAUUACUAGUGAAUAUAUAAGUGAGUUUGGAAUAUACAGUUUGGAGCUGUACUUAAAAGCAGAGGGCCAGUCUAUGCUCCUCUGACAGCCAGAGGGAAUUUACAGACAGUGUUAAAAGAGCAUAACGUGGUUCAAAAAGAAAAUAAUGAGAUCAGAUUAAGAGCUAUUGCAUUCAGGUUUCCGAUUUUCAGCCUUCCUCUUCUACCCUUGCUGUGGACACAAGCUCUGAGCACAGCUGUGCCACCUGAAGUGAUCGUCUGCAGCUGCUUUCUCACGUGGGAGCUGCUCCCGUGAGAGCUCUCCCUCACCCGUUUCAGGAUGAGCAAAUGCCUUGCAUUACAGACAUCCAAGCUUCACAGGGCUAUUUUAACUGAGACACCUGCGAGAAUAUUUACAUGAAUGGCUCCACCUGCAGAUCUGAGUGCACUCAUUUUCGAGAGAAGGGUGGUGAGCACUGGUGGGGCUGAUGAUGUUAUUCCUUCAUCCAGCACAGCUGCAGCUGAAAUGUAUUUCUGCUUUGUGUGCAUCUCUGUGUUGUACAUGUUUAUUUAGAAGUCUUGUGUUUCUUAUUCGACUGCAAAUGUUGUGAGCGGUAAGGAAGAUCUUUGAGGUGGGAGUUCUCACAGAUGGUUAAGUAACUGAGAUUUUACGUGGAUUUUAAUGCUCAUUUGAGACUGAGAUGGAAAAAAAAAAACACAACACAAAUGCAAGGAGUCUAUGCCAUGAGAAUGCAAGGGAAAGCAGCAGCAGGAGACUACAUCUACAUUAGCAAUAGUACAGUACAGUAGGAAUGGAUCCACAGUGGAAAAUAGCUGGUGCUGCAGGUCCAUGCCACACACUGUGAUGGUUUACUUCAGAUUAUUUUCAUCUGGUUCUUUGGACUUAGCAUCCAUUAUGAUGGUGUAAAGUAGGUUUAUUCCUAGAAUAAACGUUCAGAAAUAAAUUUGAAUGGUCUUUCAGCCUUAUUUCAUCUAAGCAAGGCACUGAAUAUAUGCCAAGAUUGCCACAGUGUGAACAAAGCUCAGGUAGUAGAAGCAACAAGAAGAUGCCACAAAAGCUUAUCUAAGUCACUAAAGUAGAGACCUCUAAAGCUACCCAGGUCACGUGGGUAGGACAGACACAAAAUGUCCAUCUAAUUGGUCAAAGCUGAUGCCUGUCCACUAUGAGAAUGCUUGUGGCUCUGUAGUGACUUAUAGUCCCAGCCCUACCAUGGUUACCAGCGAAGUCAUUAAGUAGCUCAGUGUUUUGAAACUCAUAAAUAGUCCCACGUGAUUAUUAGCUUUCAUUCUAAUAUCACUGGUAUCCUCUUUCAGCUUUGUUAGGAUAUAUGGAGAACUUAAUGGACAUUACUAUAAAAAGGCAAAUGUUAUUGGCUGCGCCUCUGGCUUCCUCCAGCAUGUUUGCUGGUCACUUUUUGUAGCUGGGACUGCUCAUCUGCUAUAGAUGGGGAGUCCUAUUCAGUCUGCAGGCUGCAGUCCUUUGCUGCUCACUUAGCUGGAGCUUAUGCUGUCCUAGCUGUGAUAUUCCUGGGUGAGAUGAAACAAAAACAUGCUGGGAAUGAUAUUGGUUCAAGUGAAGGACCCAACCUGAUGACUUCUCAAGGUUUCUGAUGAAUGGGACCUGAAUGGCAUCAUACACAGUCAGAGUCAGGGCUACAGUGAUUUUACUGGCUUUACAAUGUUCCUGAAAGGGAGUGAUUUGUCUGGGUAAUUAGGUCAGGAUCAUAAUAGUUUGGCUUUCUUUUAUACUUGUUAUAUGGAUCACUCUUAUUCAUUUAUUUGUUUUUUUCUUCUGAGCUCGGGCUCAGUACAGUUUCAAAAUUGACAUGGUCCUUAUCAGAAGUUAGUAAUUGGAUGAUACAAGCUGUUUGUUUGAUAAAGCUGAACUGUUCAUUUUUGGUUUCUAAAAGCUAAUAGGCAUUGUUCCUUCUUUGACAUUUGAUUUUAAUGGCUGUAAUGUUGCUCCUGUCUCAACAGCUAUAUGUCUGGGUGUUUUUCUUGAUUCCCCGCUUUCUCUGCAGGAGACUAACUCUUUAACUCUUCAGCUUCUGGUAUUGGAGGUGGUAUCCUCAUUGCUCCAAAUGCAUCAGUAUUCUGUGGAGUUUUCACAGGCAAAGUGCUGGGAUUCAGUGGUGAAUUAAAGCUGAAGCAGGGGUUUAGUUUUUCCUCUGUCUUCUGAGCUUCAGUUAGUUCAGAAAUAAUGUAAUCAUAAAAAAUACCUUUGCUGUAGUUCUGCUUCAGUGUGAUCCUAUGAAAGUUGCUGAGAUGGGGAAAAGCUUUACUAAGAAAAAGAGCACUAAAAAACUCCUCUGACCAUUUUGUUUGCCAUUGAUAGAGUUCUCUGAGGUACCACUUUUUUUUUUUUUUUUUUUUUUUUCCUAUAAGACUGGCUUACUGCAGUUCCUUUUCCUUUAGCCUUCAAGCAAAAUCAAUUCAUGAACUAUGCAACACUGCUUUAAGGCUCUUUUUAUGAGGCAAGCCUAAUCUACAUAUGGCAUUGUCCUCACUUUACAGUCUUUUAAUUGGCUACAAGCAGCUUACCAUAUUGAUUGAAAAAUUCUUCUUGUUACAUUUAGAGCUAUAGCUAAUUAUGAUCUUUCUCCUCUCCUUGUCUUCUUGAUUUGUAGUUCAAGCCCCCUUCUCAGGAACUCCCUCCUUUCUCUUUCAGCCCAGAGUGUCCUCUACUAGAGCACACUUAAGCCCUGGCUCUGUAACACCUCAUGUUUAAGAUGCUGCUGUUAGCAAGGCACAGAAUGAAAUGGGCCCCUGCUCUAAGGUCAGAUGGCAAAUUCUACAUUCCAAAUAAAUACAGGGAUGCUUCAGAAAAUAUCAUUGUGUUAGCCUAAGGUUGGAUGUUUAGAGAAUAUUUCACCAGUGAAAUAGAAAAUAUAAAUUAAAAAAAAAGAAAUAGAGCCUAAGGGUUCUGUGGUUUUAUGGGGGCUAAAGAGAGGUUAUGUGGAAAUGUUCAGUCAGUAAAUAAAAUGCAUAUUUCAUUACAGUUAAAUACAGGAGGAUCCUCACUGAAAGGGUUGUUAAAAACAACAGUUGUCACUCUUGAUAACUGUAAAUAUGCAGCAAAGUUAAUUCAUUAACUUAUUAUUGUGGAAGGAGUAGCAGAAUAAAAUGUUAUGAUGAAGUAUUAUUUUCCAGCUAUUUGACUGCAGUAAUUUCUCCUAGGCUAUAAUCUGAUGAUAUACGAACUUCUAAUUCCUACAAAAAAAAAUAAAGAAGUGUUAAAUAUUGCAGAAAAUCCAUCUUAUUUUUAGGACAGGGGCAUCAGAUUACUGUACAAUCCUGACUGCUGAUGUAAUCAAUGGGAAAUCUGUCUAAGAAAGAUGUGAAAUGGCAUGCCACGCUGUGUCAUGAGUAAAGCUGAUUGAAAAAUUCCACUUGACGCUCUGUGUCACAGGAAUUUUAGCAUAAUUCAGGGACUCAAAUGAGAGUUAUUCAAAGAUCUGGAAAACACUGUCAUCAAUCUCUUUGGAAUAUAAUGUGUGAAUUAUUUUUAUUGUUCCGUGUCUUUGGAAUCUGUAUUUCCUUCUUUUAUGCCUUCUUUUAUGUUCUUAAUUCAAAUGAGAUCAAACGUGUUCUGUCUGAAUGUCAUAUCUAUAUAUGUAUACAUAUAUAGAUAUAUAGUAUAGCUAUAAUUAACUGUGUGAAUAAUUACUAGUUGCAACUGAACAAUUUGGAUGGAUAGUUUCAUUAAGAAAACAACAUGGGGUCAUUAUAAGGUUCUGGUCUCUGCCCCCAGUUCUAGAAAAAAAUAUAGUUCUCUAAACCACCAAUCUGAACUGGUGAUAAAAUAUCCCAAGUAGGCUCACAUUAAGCUGGGUAAUAUGCAGGCUGCUUGAUUUGUAUUGAAUAUGUGUCUGGUGGCUGGAACCCACUGUAAUGAACUAGCCCACAAAUCACAGCUUAAUGGGAAUCUACUUAUACAUAUUGCUUAAUUAAAAGUUGUGAGCUUAUUAACAUGUGUCUUUGGCACUGAGCUUUGGGGAUGUAAUCUCUGUGCAAAUAAGACUAGGUUGUAAAACUUUUAUAGAUUGAUGAUGAUAUUAAAUUCCAUACCUUAAUAACCCAUCAUUUUCCCAAAGAAUGGUUUGUAUUCUGUAUUUAUUCACUGCUUUGACAAAUCAUUUGUUUGCAAUUCCUUACAGUGUAAGACUUUUUGUACUUUUAUUUGAGAAGGUGGGGCUGCUGAUAUUUUGUCUA